UGAUGAUGAUGAGAGCAAUGAGGAUACCCCGAGCCUAGCGAUGACAGCUACAAAAUCUUAUUGAAAGUGGACAUCGAUGUCGCGGCGAAGGAUGGGCCCUCUCCUCUUGGCCAGCUUCCUGUUCCUGCUGGCCCUGAGCGACGUGUCCCCGGCCUCGGUGGGUAACCCCGAGGAUUACACCGCAGACGAGGCGGAGCGGACCGCCAGUGAAAACAUUGUCUUCGAUGACUACCGGGGGAAAGGAUGCGUGGAUGAUAGUGGUUUUGUCUACAAACUUGGGGAGCGCUUUUACCCGGGACACUCGAACUGUCCGUGCGAGUGCACGGAGGACGGGCCUGUGUGCGACCAGCCCGAGUGCCCGAAACUGCACCCCAAGUGCACAAAAGUGGAGCACAAUGGAUGCUGCCCCGAAUGCAAGGAAGUUAAAAACUUUUGCGAGUACCGGGGGAAAACGUAUAAAAUACUGGAAGAAUUCAAGCCGUCACCCUGUGAAUGGUGCCGCUGCGAACCAAAUAAUGAGGUGCACUGUGUGGUGUCCGACUGCGCCGUCCCAGAGUGUGUCAACCCUGUGUACGAGCCGGAGCAAUGCUGCCCCAUCUGUAAAAACGGUCCAAAUUGCUUUGCUGGAACAACGAUCAUCCCAGCCGGAAUUGAAGUAAAGGUGGACGACUGCACCAUCUGCCGCUGUCACAACGGAGACUGGUGGAAGCCGGCUCAAUGCUUGCGGAGGGAGUGCCUCAACGGCCAGACGUUGUCAUAGAGAGACUCCACCGGGGAUGGUGGAAAAGCUCAGGCAAGGCCCUGCCUACUGCACCAUUUUGUAUGAUUGACAGGACAGGAGCACAAUUCCUAAGCAACCUGAGACAGCAUAGCAUCGAAGAGAUGCGCUCACAAGCUUCACACAAACACAAAUGUUGUCACCGAGAAGAAGACGGAACUUGUCUCAAGGCUGUUACCACCCUCCGGUUUGAAUCGUCCUAUAUAUUUUCAGAUGUUGACUUGAUGCACUCACACAAAAAGUUUCUAAGCUCUUUGAACUUUUUCCUAACCAUUGGCAAUGUUGAAUUGCUCAUGUUGAUUUCUGUAUGUAUGCCAUCUGCUUGUUGUACUUGUCUGUCACAAUCAUGCAGGUGUUGUAUUAUUCCAACAGCAGGCAAAACGAACCGUAAGCACACUUAACAGCGCUUUUUCUGUUUUUGUCAUUCGAGGAUCGACACAGGUGAAAGCACUGCAUAGGUGUGCCUGAGUUUCACAACUUCACUUCAAGAGCUUGUUUACAAGAUGCAAAUCACACAUUAAUGUUUGUGUUUUCAUAAGACUUUAACACAUUCUAUCACUAUAGCAGGAACUCACCUCUAACACUUAGAUGAUGCUACUGUCAAUUUUAUAAACUGCUGUAAAACCCCAGGACACUCUUUAUUGCAUACUAUGGUUUUGAAUCAUGUCUCUGUACAGUAGCAGCACAGCCAGGGGAAGAUGGAAAGGCAAGGAAGUUGGUAGAGAGCAACAAUGAGAAGAUGGAAAACUCUGCAACACAACAACAAGUCUGGGCAGCCUAUGCCGGCUUAAUUUUCGUUAUUGUUUUCUCUCAGAGGUCCAUAUUCUCGAAAAUAUUCCUGCUAACUAACUGCUUGAACUUGUUAUCAAAGCAAUUAGCGAGCCAAAAGCAGCCUGCUUUAAUUUCCUUUAAUCAAGGAGUAUUCUGUGAUAAAUCAUCCAGCUGGGUGCUUGGCGCUGACGCAGCCUGCAUGCUGGGCACACUCCAGAACCAGCAGACAAAAGGAGGAAAUCUGCAUUUGUCUAAAUGCUUUUAGGCAGCAUUCACAUGCACAUUGUCCAUGAGAGCAUACCCGAUCACACCAUUCGUCUACAAUCGCAGCGCCAAAGUGUGUUGAUCUGCACCCAGUGAAGAACAGAAGGCUUGGCAAAAAAACAAAUCUCUAACAUAAUCCCGCUGCUAUACAUUUUGUAAUAGAUUUGCAGUUCCGCCCUUCCCCAUAUGUUAGAAAAGCUCUCACGAUGUGGUAUGUCCAUACCAUAAUCGUCAAGCUAAUGCAUUGCCUUGAUAUUUUCCAGACCGGAGUAGUCCUCAAGUUGUCCAGUCUGGAAGAGAAAACACCCAACUAAAGCCCAAAACGCAAUAUUGUUGAAAUGAUAAAUAAUAGUCAUUAAUUCAAAGAUGAAUUCCAGUAAGCUCAUGCCAUUCAUCAGCAGAAUUUAUUUUUUUCAUUUCCAGAAAACCCUUUCCUUUUAACCUUUUAGACACUAUUCCAGGGUGGUGAUGGAUGGGCUGCUUAAUAGCAGCUCGCAGCACUCUGUAAUGAGCCAGAAACGAACAUAGGAUAAAGCUCAAUGACUAAAGAGGUAUAUUACCUACAAGGCACUAAAACUCAUUUUAAAAAGAAUAUCACAGUAUGGAGCAGAGUCUAAGGCUGCAGCACAUGGUUGUUGGAGGAAUCAGUGUGGGUGCAUUUAGGGUAUUUAUCAUUAAGCUACAGUGAUUUAGUGUCUCCUAAUAUCAAAGGACACUCCUCUAUCUGGAUUGAGGUCUGCAGACUCAUAAAACAAAACUGACAUCUACAGUUUAUCAAUCAGUGCUCCAGAAAUGUAAGAAUUAACACAAAAGCUUCCUUAAUCUUAAUUACUUUAGAUGCCAAUUAAUUACUCGGGCUGUACAUGUGUCCACACAUAUUGGAAUAACUUUACUGAGUAGCAAAGAGUGAAAUGAGUGUUCCAGGGCUCAGGGACAUGGCUGCCACCACUGAUGCCUUAUUACUAUUCCAGAUAAGAUUUACUCAGCAUGGCCUUUGGCUUUAUACAGUAUGAACAGCUCAGGCUGAUUUAAGCACUGCUUUGUUUGUGUAAAAUUAUGUAAUGCCCAAAACUAGUUGUGGUUUUACCAUUUGAAUUUCCUGUAACAGCUAGAAGGGAAUUAGUAGGAGUAUUUGGAGUACAAGUGCUGGGACAGUUAUUCAAUAACUGCUGAACAAUCAGUAGUGAACAGAUAGAUUGAGAAAUACACUGUUUUUGGUUGAAAUAAAUGAAAGAAAACUGGCAGAUAGAAGUUACGAGGUGAGUUCAUUCAAAUGACUGUGUCUUUGAUAUUGAGUUUGAUUGUUGUGAUUUAAUUCCCUUCCAUGCUUUCAAAGUGCAUUUCUUAGGGAUGCUAGAACAGCUCUUCUCAUUCAUUUGCAAGCUGUCAGCACGGUAAGAGUGUAGAAGAUGAAAGUCAAAGCAUCAAGACAAUGCAGUUCUUCCUUCAUACAUAGGAGUUGUGAUUUAGUCUGCUUGUGGAAAGCGAAAAAUAAUACAAAUCAAAUUAAAAAAGCAAUUCAUAUAUUGAAAACAUAGAGAUGAAGAAGACCCCAACCCUGACCCUAACUCCAGCAGGCUGUACUGGUGCAUAUGUCGCUCAGCACUGUAAGAUGUUUGAUCAUAAACAGUUGUCAUGGAAAUCACUUUUAAAGCUUUCAUUUACAACUAAAGAGGAUCAUUGAGGAUCCAUGUGGAUUAACAUACAGUGGAUUCCUAUGUAUGUCGUUUGAAAUAGGCUGCAUUGAAGAACACAAUAAAGAAAGGCAUUUCAGAGAGGCUCUGCCCGGGCAAACCUGGGGAAAUUACAUUUCUCAUUACAAAUAUGUGAAGCUGAGGUUUCAAGGACAGGUUAGCAGCACAGUCUGCCGUUUGGUUUUCUGCCAAGAAACUUUAAGUCUUUAUGCGCGUCUGUAAAUGUCUAUUCCAACCUUCCCCCAAUUGUGUCAUUGUUCACACUGCAGGCUUGUACAUGGGCAUUUUGUAAUCGGUAUACCAUCCGCUCUUUCCAUGAGACACCGACUAACUGUAGCUGGAAACCAUGAAUGAUUUUUUUCUGGUUGUUUUUGUUUGUUUUUUUUUGCAACAAAACUGUUACAUAAAGUGUGCCUGAAAACCAACACAGUACUAUGUGGAAGAGGAAGAGAGAAACACUGUUAUUAUACAAUCAAUUGUAGAUUUGGGGGCACCAAGGGUAUGUUCAUUCAAAGGUGGGAUAGUAUCAUUUAUAUAACAUUAAGAUUUAUGUUUAAAGUUAACAGCAUCUUUGAUUGUAAAUGACCACAUGCUUGCAGGUUCACGCUGUACAAGAAACAAAAAGGUCCACAUUUUUAAAAGUUAAAGAACCCUUGGUGUCCCCAUGUUGUAAAUAUCUUUAAAAUGUAUAAUGUGUAUUCUGAAUUCUGAGGUGGAGUAAAAAAAAGACGUAAGAAAUGUGAAAAAUGUGUAUUAAUCAUUGAGGCAAAAAUUAUUUUGGUAAAUAGACUUGAAAAUAAGUGUUAUUCAGCAAAAGUGAGUGUGGAUUUCUUUUUAUGUUUUCCUUUUUUGAAAAAUGCUGAAGCUCCGGGACAGGAAUCAAGAUGAAAACACAAGAUUAACAACUAAGGGAAAAUGUGUAUUAUAAUUCUGCUAAAGAACAGAUUUGUUGCCAACUGAACGAAACGGAUUAUGUUCUGCACAAACACAAGAUGCAACAAACAAGAAACAAUGUUUUUACUUUGCAGCUGACCCAGGACAGCCAAACUCCAGGUCAUUUUUCUGUAAGCCAAACGUUGCAGAAUAAAUAAAAAGGGUAGAGGAUUUUCCUCGGGCUAUGUGAGGAAGAAAAAAUACCAGUGCUUAAUGCUUGUGAAAUGCUCAGCGCGUUCAAGGGCAUUACUCACAGGUUCAUUCCUGCUUCUAUUUCAUUACAAGUCCGACUGGGCUUCUAUCUCGUCCGCACUACUAAUUGCCUUCCACCACCUCCCGCCAUGGACAAGAAAAGGAAAGCAAUUUUAUGCAGCACAUAGCAAUCAAUAGCAAUUAGGCGCAUCCCAGACUAAUCCCAUUGAAAAUGGCAUCUUGGGAGAUGGCCAGUAGGACACCUCUUAAAGCUAACAUACCUUCUGGCCAGCGUUGGCGGUUAGGAACACACACACAACUUAGGUGGAUACAGCAAAUGCCAAUGCUGUGAUGGACCUUUAAGUGCUUUGGUUUUCCUAUCCUACACUUUACAUUGAAUCUUUGUUGAUCUUUUCCAGGACCUACUCACUGCAUUGGUAUCAAACGUGCAUUAUCAAUUAGACAAUUAUCCUGUUGUGGUAAACCCAUGCAGAUUAUGGAAUGUAAUUGCACUCUAAAACCACAUAUUUAAUACAGUGGCAGGCAAGACAUCGAUUUCAGUGUGACACCCACAACAGAUGAAACUGCUAGUGAUAGUUGAGAAGGAGAACGGCCAAUGCAGGAAUUGUUCUUGAGUGGUGUGGUGAAGAGGGAGUAAUUUACCAGUACAUCUACUUCAUCCGUGGUCAAGAGCUUGGAGUAACCUCAGGAAUCAGUGAGGAUACAAACAGCUGAAAUGAAUUUCCUUCAGGAGUCUGAACAUCUGGAUUGAUCCGAAUUAUGUCUCUGCUCCUUCACGUUCCAGGAAGUCAGUUUCAGGGCAUCUGAUAGAGAUUACUACUGGAAGCUUCAGUGAUGUUUUUUUUCCGAGGCAUGUUCAAAACAACAGAGUGUAAGCAUGUAGGAGGCAUUAUAUUUCUCUUAGAAUAAUAAAUAAACAGCA